UUUGAAUUGAUCUGGGGAAGCACUUAGACACGGUUAUAAUGUUCUUUCCGUGGUUUCCAGAGAGCCCGCUUUCUUGACCGAGAACUGAAGGCAAUCAGUGAAUACAAAUCAGGCCCAUCACCGCCUCGAAUUUCUUGCUAUUCAUUGCCUAUCUUUCCCUUUUCCUUCAUCAACGCUUUCGUCAAAUUUAUUCAACAAUGGCGCUUUUCGGGUCCAAUGCCGCAGCAUCGGGUGACGGGGCUCUUCAGCCCAGACUGUCAACCCUAUCAACAAUGGCCAUGGCUUUUGCCAUUCUCAACACAUGGAUAGCACUUGCCGGUUCAAUAGGCCUUGUCUUGCCCUCUGGUAGCUCUGUGGCUCUAUUAUAUGGAUUUAUCUUCUGCGUCUUGUGCUGCUUUUGUGUAGCCGCAAGCCUUGGAGAGCUCAGUGCUAUUUGGCCAACCGCUGGAGGACAGUACCACUUUGUAUAUGCCCUCUGCACAGAACGAUGGAGAAAGCCCAUGAGCUUUGUAGUCGGAUGGGCCAAUAUUGUAGGCUGGCUUGUCGUUGUAACUGUACAGGACUACUUUGGCUCCCAGUUCAUCUCUGCCGCAGCAGUAGUGGCUUCAAACGGAUCCUAUCAAAUCACCGCGGCGAAAACAUACGGAAUAUUUGUUGCAAUCCUCGUCUUUACGACGGUGGCAAAUAUUUGGGGUAAUAGGAUCCUAGGCAGAUGGAACGAUGCCGCUUUGUACUGGUCCAUCUUCGGAUUUGUCAUUAUCAGCAUUGUCCUUCUCUCCAUGUCAGAAAAGACUAGUGCAGAGUUUGUCUUCACGGACUUCAAUAAUGAGACUGGUUGGUCCGACGGCAUGGCCUGGAUCUUGGGCCUAUUGCAGUCCGCUCUCUCUCUCAUCGCAUUCGAUGUCGUUCUUCACAUGACAGAGGAGAUGCCAAAUCCAUCCAGGGAUGCACCAAGAGCCAUGAUGUACUCCAUUGUUAUUGGUGGUAUCACGGGAUUCGGCUUUAUUCUAGUCAUUCUCUUCUGCCUUGUCGAUGCCGAGACCGUCCUUGCUACGUCGACAGGUAUGCCUAUUGUCGAGCUCAUCCUUCAGGCAACCAAGAGCCGAGCUGCUGCCACUAUUCUCAGCUUAAUGCUCGCCGUUUGUUUUAUCAACGGCACAAACGCCAGCAUCACAAGCGUCAGCAGACUACUUUACGCUAUGGCUCGUGAUCGUGGCAUCGUUUUUCACAACUACUUUGCUCACAUUCAGGCUGGCUUGAACGUACCAGUCCGAACUAUCAUGUUCUGCUUCGUCUUUAAUAUCCUAUUUGGUCUCUUAUAUCUAGGCCCGGCGGUAGCUUUCAGCGCAUAUGUCGCGUCAUGCACCAUUUUCUUGAACGUCUCGUACUCGUUUCCGAUCAUCGUCCUGCUCAUUCGAGGACGGAAGGUGCUUGACAUUUACCAGACUCCAGGGACUCAUUUCAAGUUGGGAAGAGUAUUUGGUCUGAUUGUGAAUGUCAUUGGAGCACUCUACGUGGUUGUUACUUCAAUUUUCUUCUGCUUUCCUACGUCACUUCCCGCUACCGCAAAUACUAUGAAUUAUGUAUGUGUUGUGAUUGGCAUCUGGGCAGUAGUUGUCGCAGGAUACUGGUUUUUCUUCGGCAAGACGUUUUUGGGUCCGCAAGAUUUGAUUGUCGCAGAUUUCGAGGAUGUUGUUGGUCGUCGUAUUUCCACCCAGACCUCAAGCCAAGAGGACAAGGCCGAAAAGGGAGCUCAGUGAUGUUUAUUUAUUUAUUUAUUUUCCGGUUCUUCUCUUAAGCAAACUUUAAUGCUUAAAGUCAGGUUGACUUAUGCCUUGUUUGGCUCUUAAGAGCAUGUACUCAAUACCCCUGAGAAAUUAAAUCAAAAGUAGCUUUUAUUAUCUCUAUGUUCUCCAUUUAUGACUUUCCCAACUCGGCAGAUCGAGCUGUGGCGGCCAUGACAGCCUU